GUUUCGCAGCCAAUAGCUAUUCGGAUUAUUGGAGGGGGAGAGAUAUCACCGUGGUUGCAGAUCUUGAUAUUCUCCAGGAUAUGUCAUUAUUACGACAAGUAUCAACUUUCAAGUUUCUGGGAAGCGAGAUUGGUUGUUGCCCCAUGCACUUACCGAUGGCGCCCUACCAUUUCGAUCGAAAUUGUGCCCGUCGGGAAUUGUUCAUAUGUGGCGAUGUGCUUCAAAAUAAUCUAGAAAUAGAACUUCGAAGCCCCAUCAGCCCCCACCACGGUUUUCCUCUCCAUAUCCAUGGAUCACCGCGUAUGGGAAUUGCUUCAUGCAGCUCAGCACGAAAUUGCACAAGCGUCAAGGGAGGAUCCAGGUCCUUCCAUGCGGCGGUCUGGUUCGACGCUGCGUAGCUUCCUAUCCACUUCUGUCCAACCCUUCCUACCUGUCAAAACUGCCAAAUUCUUGAAGACAGCAGCAGUGUCACCGGCCCCAGCUGCUUGAACAGAGCUGACUGACGCCGGGGUAACAAUCACGCCGACAAAACAAGAGCCGCUUGUAAAUGUGUCGAUGUAUGUAGUUCGUCGUAUCGCUGAAACUGUAUCACUUGUAUGUACAUACCUAGUACGCACGUACCGUACUCUGUAAAAUACACGGUGCGAAGUGGGGGGCCAAUCAGGCGUUGCAGAGGGCGUAAUUUAUCGGUACCCCCCGUACUGGCGUAUUCGUAUUUCCAAUCGGCAACUGCAUCCAAGCUUGCUCCGAACAUUCCAACACAGCAAUCGCAGGGAAGACCAACUUCAUCCCAACCGCUCGUCCUGACAACCUCCACGGGCUACAAUUCUCCUAUACUCAUGUCAGCCUGCCUGCUGAUCUAACAACCCAUGCUGACACCAAAUGGGCACAGUCAGCCCCUUUCCUACUCCUAGACUUCUGCUGCGUGAACUUCCCCGAGCACCCACGCCGCCCGCCUCUUCCUAACCAACCAACCUCUCACCAUCCAUCUGCGCUUCCGCUGCUUGUUUCAGCGUUGGUCUAACCCUCCUCCCCAUGUCCCCCGCUCUUUGUGACCUCCAGUCCUCUAUCCCAUGGCCCGGGAUUUUCAGCUCUUUCACUUGAACUACAUUUCUCCCCAAAUCAUUCCCGUUGCAAACCAGUGACUAGAAGGUCUCCGUCGUUUAAGAUUCAGUCAACUCCAUCAGGAGCGUUCACCGUUCCCUUCUGCUGAUGGACGGCGCUACGAGUGAAGCAGCCCCUGCUCCCUCUACUAAUGGGUUCAAAAAGACCUUUACAAGGUCGAAUCGCAGCAAGACCACCCUCAGCGAAUUCGAUGGCUCCAUGUCAGGGCGGAGUGCCGCUCCUUCAAUCGACUCGAAUCAUGAAUCCCCGCGGCCUUCAACUAGCGGGGCAGGCGGAGGAGGCGGAAACAGUUAUGAUGGCCCGCCUACUGGCAUCUCGAAAUUGAUUCCAGGGUCACGUCGUCGACGCAAGAAGAAGAUGGAAUCGGAAAAUUCUAUUGCUCAGGACAACGGGAGUGGAACGGAACUGCAUCGUAUCCCCAAUGAAUCUGAAGAUACACCAACCAUAGGCAAUCAUAGUACCUCUACAGUAGAUACUACGGACCGUGGCCCAAGUAACGGUUCGGAAUCUGGAAGGCAUUCGUCUCCUGAUUUAGGUCUCUCUCGGGAUUCGCUCCAGCCUUCAUCCUCCCCUUUAAUAAUCACGACCACUGCUCCCUCUGAUCCAACGGAAACUGCAUUAGACGCCAACGGCCCGUCGGACACGUCUUCCGAUAGUAGUCGCCAUAUGAUCCGUGCUGCCACCACUGGGGAUAUGGGAGAUUACUCUGGAUCAUCCAGCGCAAACCGAAAAAGUCGAAACCUUAAAGAAGCUUUCAGUCCUAUACCCACGAAAAAAAGUGUGAGCCCAAGCCCUGAGCGCGAAGCUCCGAAGUCGCCGGCGACAAAAACUGGUAGGGGGCUCUUUGGAUCUAGGUCAAGAAGAUCAAGCUCCUUAGCCAAAAAUAGCCGAAAACCAUCAGAAGAGGCUCCCCCUUUGCCUUCUCCAAUACCCCAACAUAUAGGAACUUCGAAUACUUCCCUUUCCACCCCUGCUAAACCACCGGGCAUGGCCUCCACCCCCACGAGCCCUCCUGCCACUUCUAUACCUGGCCCCCUUACGACGGUGACUCCACCAACUCCAGUUGGUAGUCGUUCACAAAGUCCAGCACUGCCGUCUACAAAUGUUGUGGAAGAGAGCGACUCCGCCUCAAAGUCUCACGACUUACCUCCCAAUGCCGUUGUGAGUCCGUCAGGGAAUAUGAUAUCUCAUAGACGUGUUCGUUCCGCAUCUGCUGCCCACAGCCCUAGUAAACUUUCGAACUCCAUGACAGCCCCCCUAACGCCUACUGUGGAAGAAGCCAAGACCGCGUCAGGGUUCUUUUCCUCCAUGCUCUCUGCGGCCCAGAAUGCCGCUUCUAACUUUGGAAACAGUUUGAAUAGCCAGGCUCGCACACAGUCCACACCAGAACCUGCGGAGCCAGAAAAAUCAAGUACUGAUGUUCCUAGCAGCGAAGAGGCCGCGGAUUCAUCGAGAGAUGAGGAUGCAAUGGAGAAGAAGGAGCUGGCUGUGGAAACGCUCGGGAUGGGUGAAUUAAAUUUCAGUCAUCUUGGGAUUGACGCAUCGGCGGGCGGGGAGAUAACUACAAAGGAUGGUGUUGUGUUUACGAAAGCUGAGGCUGCUUCCCGUCCUCGUAGAGGAACUGCAUCCCAAAGAGAUGAGAUCUCUGCAAGGAUAGAAGAUAUGCGUGCCGCUCGUGCAGUUUCCAUGGCCUAUGAGAAGCCGGCAGAUGGCGCAUCUGCGUCCCAACCAGUCCCUGAGCAACCUACUGCCGACGUUCGUUCCAGUCUCCCCUUAAAUGGCCUCGGAAGAGCUAGUACUGGCGAACAAACUCCUCCAGGUGGCAGUAUUUUCGAAGGAGAAGUCGGUUCUGGUAUCAAGCGCAGCGGUAGCGUACGUAGCCGCCUUGCACGCAGGCAUCGAGGAUCGUCUGGUGCGACAAUUGGUGCGCUUGGCGCUGCUGGAUUUGGCUUGGGUAUUCCAGGUGCCAAUACCAGUGCUCCGCGAUUGACGGGCUUUGCUGUGGCGAGCAAAAAGCGAAAUCGCGACUUUCAUCAGCUAUUCAGAAGUGUUCCGGAAGACGAUUAUCUCAUCGAAGACUACAGUUGCGCUCUCCAAAGAGAAAUCAUCCUGGCUGGCCGUAUAUACAUAUCUGAAGGUCAUAUCUGCUUUUCAAGUAAUAUCCUCGGCUGGGUAACGACAUUAGUAAUCAGUUUCGAUGAAAUUAUGGCCGUUGAGAAGGAGUCUACGGCCAUGGUUUUUCCGAAUGCAAUCGCAAUUCAAACUCUGCAUGCGCGGCAUACGUUCCGAAGUCUGCUGAGUCGAGAAGCCACAUACGAUUUAAUGGUUAAUAUCUGGAAAAUCAACCACCCGACUCUCAAGAGCUCAGUUAAUGGCACCCGGAUAGAACAAGGCACCGGUGACAAAACGGAGAAGACCGAUGAGAGUGAUGCUGCGAGUGAGAGUCCCUCUGACAAAGAGGACGAGAUAUAUGACGAAGAUGAGGAGGAUGAAGGCACAAACUUUGUGGACGCCGUUGACGCAAGUACUACUAGCAGUGAAAAAUCAGAGUAUAUAAAACGAAUCAGCCGCAAAGCAUCCACAAUUCCACUGGUGGGGCCUUCCUCGACUCCCCAAGUUACCUCUAAGAGUGAAGCAAAAGUACUAGAGAAAGGAGCUGCGUCAGUGUACUCUUCUCUUCCACAGUUUCCCGGCCCGGCUACCCAUCCACCAACGGAGUUUACGGAUCCCUCUGGGCGCUACGAUAAAGUGAUGAAAGAUGAAAUAAUACCAGCACCACUGGGCCUUGUUUAUGCCCUCGUUUUUGGCCCCGCAUCUGGUGCAUUCAUGUCAAAGUUUCUUGUCGAUUAUCAGAAAGUGAAUGAUCUGCAGUUUGAAGAUGACAAGAAGGGGCUAUCCGUGGACAACAAAACCCGGGUGUAUUCGUAUACAAAGCCACUAUAUGCGCCCAUCGGACCCAAGCAAACCAAAUGCAUCAGUACCGAGAAUUUAGACUUUCUUGACUUGGAGAAGGCUGUUUUGGUUACAUUAACGACGCAAACUCCUGAUGUGCCUAGUGGGAAUAUUUUCUGUGUGAAGACCAAGUACCUGUUUACAUGGGCACCAAACAAUGCCACCAGGUUCUACAUGACUUGCGCCAUUGAAUGGUCGGGCAAGAGUUGGCUCAAAGGUCCUAUCGAGAAGGGUGCAAACGAUGGUCAGACGAUUUUUGGAAGCGACCUAGUCAAGGCACUUAGAGUGGGUGUAGCUCCUCGUUCGCGCGACACGACCCCUCCGAAAGGUGCUGGGAAAGGAGUCAAAGGUAAGCGGAAGGGAGCAAAUGCUGUCGAACUCGAAGUUGCAGCUAGCGGAAAAGCUGCUUCAGAAUCAGGGAGACAACAAGCUGAGGAUUGGGGAAUGCUGGAACCUUUACGUGGUCCUCUCGGCCCGAUAGUCAACAUUUUCAAGCCCUUUUGGAGUGGUAAUGUUGCUGCUGGUGUUAUCGCCAUAGUAUUAGUAAUGGUUUGGUUCCGCAGUCCGCCUCCAUCUCGCCUGGGACCGUCAGGGGUCGGCUCCCCAUUACUUUCUAUCCCGGAACGAAUUAUUGCGUAUGAAGAACUUUGGCAGCGAGAGGAAAGCGAAUUAUGGAACUGGCUGGAGGAGAGAGUUGGAAUGGACGGGCUCGCAUACCCGGUCGUAAACCCCCUUCCCUCAUCUGACAAAGGCGACACUGUCGACCAUUCAAGAGCUGAGAGGCAGCGGCAAAGACAACAACUUAUGAGCGAAAAGGAGCUCGAAGCGCGCCUGAGGAAUGAAAAGAUGACAAAGCUCGAGAUGGAGGAUGCGAUUAGUAUAACUCAAGAACGGCUUGAUAUGCUCAAGGCUGUUAUGAAGCGGAAACGCGAGGAUGAAUGAUAACCCAGGCCCUACCCAAACAGUAUCAUCGAAAACACGAACACCAAUAGUAGUUCAAGGACGUCGAAUUUUAACUUUCGAGUGCCAUUAUUGCCUCUGGUAUUAAGAAAAGCAUGAACGGAAAAGGCGAAAUACUGCAAGCCGUUUUAACGAUUUCUUUUGUUUUCUGCACACUGCUCUCUCUCUUAUUUAUUUUUUUCACAUUGUCUUCUUCUGUAUUUGGUAAUUGCACCCUUGGUCUUUGUCCGCCCUAUUCGUUAUUUUUUCCCAGUGACACCCUGAGGCGUUCUUCAACUCUUUUCUGUUUGUCAUUUCACUUCUCUCUCUCAUUUUGCGUAUUGGUCGACAUCCGGCGUCUACUUGGUGCUCUCUCUCAUUGUUUUUUUUUUUUUUUUUCUUUUUCUUUUUUUCUUGUUCUAUUUAUUUCCCAGCUUCUUUUCCUCAGAACAGCCAUGCUGCUCCUACUGUGUGAAACUAUAUACCAACCUCCGCCUUUGUUCCGAAGCACCUCAUUUUUGGUCACCCUUGAUUGUACCACUUCUGGCUUUGCAUUUCCUUUUUCUCUUGUCUCCAGCGGAUUGUCAUUUCUUCUUCCAAGAGUGGUAGGGGAGGGCGAAUUGAUCAGUGGUAGUAAUUAAAUAUAUUCAUUCUGGUCAUACGUGCUUAUUUUCGUUCGCCCCUCCUUUUACUGCGUGUGAUAUCGAUAUUUAUCCUAUGUUGUGUUUUUUAUAAAGAAAAGUUCGUUGUUUCUUAGGCGCGGCUUCUGGGUCUCACUAGUUCCAUGACAGCUUUGACUGCUUGCUCUGUCUCUCUGGAUAGAUAGUGCUUUUCUAUUUAUAUGUCUGUGUUAAGGAGUAUUGGGUUGGUGAUGGGGUUGCAGGAGUGAGAAUUAAGCAGCUAUAUUUUCAUACUAUCUUGAUUACCGGCGCCGUUACGUGUGUUGUGUGGCAAUGUUCGUUCUGGGAGCAUAUUGCCCUACCCUACACAAACUCCAUAUGCGAUA